CCCUAAAUCCUAAACCCACAUACACUCUCUCUACUCUCUCUCUCCUUUUUCUCCUUGUCUCUAAUGGCGUCGUUCUCGUCGGCGAUCUCAAACCCUCGCCACUACCUUUUCUCUCCGAACGCAUUACUGCCUCACGACGCCACUCUCAACAAGCUCUUCUCCGCCUCCCAAUGUCGUCCGCUUCCUCUCUCUCUUCACCGCUCUCCCAUUUUCAGAUUGGAUUUUAUUUCUCAACGGGGAAGAAAAGAAACAUCAAGAAGCAAAAUAUUAGCGUCAUUUACAGAUACUCCUGUGGAAACAUCCCCUGAAGUAGUUAAGCUUCCAAAAGGUGACGUGUGGUCUGUCCAUAAGUUUGGUGGCACCUGUGUGGGAAGCUCGGAGAGAAUUAAAGAUGUUGCGAAUAUAAUUCUCAAUGAUGAUUCAGAGAGGAAGUUGGUAGUCAUCUCUGCCAUGUCGAAAGUAACAGAUAUGAUGUAUGAUCUCAUCAACAAAGCUCAAUCACGAGAUGAGUCGUAUGUGUCUGCAUUGGAUGCUGUUCUAGAAAAGCACAAGGCAACAGCACUGGAUUUGCUUGAUGGGGAUGAACUUAGUAGUUUCUUAUCACGAUUGUAUCAUGACAUCAAUAACCUAAAAGCGAUGCUUCGAGCAAUCUAUAUAGCUGGUCAUGCAACAGAAUCUUUCACUGAUUUUGUUGUGGGACAUGGAGAGCUAUGGUCUGCUCAGAUGUUGUCAUAUGUUAUUAGAAAGGCUGGGGUAGAUUGCCAAUGGAUGGACACAAGGGAAGUCCUUAUUGUAAACCCCACCAGUUCUAACCAAGUUGAUCCUGAUUACAGAGAAUCUGAACAAAGACUUGAGAAAUGGUACUCCAAAAAUCCAUCUACUACAAUCAUUGCGACUGGUUUCAUUGCUAGCACCCCUCAAAAUAUUCCUACUACAUUGAAGAGAGAUGGAAGUGAUUUCUCUGCUGCUAUCAUGGGUGCUUUAUUUAAGGCCCGUCAAGUUACGAUUUGGACAGAUGUUGAUGGUGUGUAUAGUGCAGACCCCAGAAAAGUUAGUGAAGCAGUAAUUCUGAGGACAUUAUCUUAUCAAGAGGCCUGGGAAAUGUCAUAUUUUGGGGCCAAUGUAUUGCACCCACGCACCAUCAUUCCAGUGAUGAAAUAUGACAUUCCAAUUAUAAUAAGGAACAUUUUCAACCUCUCUGCACCUGGAACAAAGAUUUGCCGUCCUGCUAACAACGGCGAAGAUGGUCAGAGUUUGGAGUCUUUUGUCAAAGGAUUUGCAACGAUAGACAAUUUGGCCCUUGUAAAUGUUGAGGGAACUGGAAUGGCUGGUGUUCCUGGUACAGCUAGCGCAAUUUUUGGCGCUGUAAAGGAUGUGGGAGCCAAUGUUAUCAUGAUAUCUCAGGCAAGUAGUGAGCAUUCUGUCUGCUUUGCUGUUCCUGAGAAGGAAGUAAAAGCUGUUGCUGAGGCCUUACAGUCUAGAUUUCGUCAAGCUUUGGAUGCUGGGAGGCUUUCUCAGGUUGCUAUCAUUCCAAACUGUAGUAUUUUGGCAGCUGUUGGCCAGAAGAUGGCAAGUACUCCUGGCGUUAGUGCUACUCUUUUCAAUGCACUGGCAAAGGCAAAUAUUAAUGUGCGUGCUAUAGCUCAAGGUUGUUCCGAGUACAAUAUUACUGUAGUAUUAAAGCGGGAAGAUUGUAUAAGGGCCCUAAGAGCUGUUCAUUCUAGGUUUUAUCUUUCAAGAACCACAAUAGCAAUGGGAAUUAUUGGACCUGGAUUGAUUGGUAGCACAUUACUUGAUCAACUAAGGGAUCAGGCAGCAACCCUUAAGGAAGAAUUUAACAUUGACCUGCGUGUGAUGGGAAUCACUGGCUCAAGGACCAUGCUGUUAAGUGAUACGAGCAUCGACUUAACUAGCUGGAGGGAACUUAAAAAGCAGAAAGGAGAAGUUGCAGACAUGGAAAAAUUUGUCCACCAUGUUCACGGGAAUCAUUUCAUUCCUAAUACUGUUUUGGUAGACUGCACAGCUGACUCAACUGUUGCUGGCUAUUACUAUGAUUGGUUGCGGAAAGGAAUUCAUGUAGUUACCCCUAACAAAAAGGCAAAUUCAGGACCGCUUGAUCAGUAUCUGAAGUUGAGAGCCCUUCAGCGGCAAUCAUACACACAUUAUUUCUACGAAGCUACAGUUGGAGCUGGUCUCCCUAUUAUUAGUACAUUACGGGGUCUUCUUGAAACGGGGGACAAAAUAUUGCGCAUAGAGGGCAUCUUCAGUGGAACAUUAAGUUACAUCUUUAACAAUUUCAUAGGUAAACGGACUUUCAGUGAGGUGGUAGCUGAAGCAAAGCAGGCUGGUUUCACUGAGCCAGAUCCAAGGGACGACCUUUCGGGAACUGAUGUUUGUAGAAAGGUGAUAAUUUUGGCUAGGGAAUCUGGUCUGAAGCUGGAACUCUCUGAUAUCCCUGUUGAAAGCCUUGUACCAGAACCGUUGAAAGCUUGUGCAUCAGCCGAGGAAUUCAUGCAAAAACUGCCAGAGUUUGAUCAUGAGUUGAUGAAUAAAAGACAAGUAGCUGAGGAAGAAGGGGGCGUGUUGAGAUUCGUGGGAGUGGUGGACGUGAUUAAUCAGAAAGGGGAAGUGAAGUUGCGGAGGUACAAGAAAGAUCAUCCUUUUGCCCAACUUUCGGGAUCGGAUAACAUAAUCGCUUUCACGACAACAAGGUACAAGGAGCAGCCUCUUAUAGUCCGCGGACCGGGUGCUGGGGCUCAAGUUACAGCUGGUGGAGUCUUCAGUGACAUAUUGCGUCUUGCCUCAUAUCUCGGUGCCCCAUCGUAGUUAAAAACCUUGUAUUCCUGGUCAGUACCAAACGCCUCUGUUCUACUGCUUGUAACUGGCAAGUUCUUAGUUGGUGGGGCUAUGGGGCUUAUUUUGCUAGUUGUAGCAAAGGAUAAUGGGUUUUCAUCCCUAAUUUUGAGGAAGCUAGAGUUCAUUUUUAAAUUGUAGGUUGUGUUAUGAGGUGGGCUUUUAUAUACUGGCGGCUAAGUUAAAACCUAUUUAGUAGUUUUAUGAUGGCCACUGUUAUAGAUAUCCCAGGGAAAUGUAAUUGUAUUACAAAAUAAGGCAAUGCUAAUCUUAUUUUGCUUC